AUGCUCGCGGGUGGCGGGUGGUUCAAGAAGGUCACCGGGGGCAGGCCAGUGCGCGCGGUGGUCAGCCCCCUGACCAGGUGCCUCAACACGGCUACCAACGUGCUCAAGGGUCUGCCCAUCAACGCGACCAACGUUGAGGAGCUGUGCCGCGAGACGCUGGGGGAGGACACCUGCGACGCGCGGCGCAGCGUCAGCGAUCCGCCAGCCGGGGGCGGCGGGGCCGCAGACGCCCCAGCCGGCAAGAAGUCGCCGCAGCCGCCCUGCAAGUUCGACAAGGGCCUGCGCAGCAAGUUCCCCGGAUUCAAGUUCAAGGUGUACGACCCCCUGGAUGAGCAGGGGCGGGGCUUUGGGCUGCUGGGGGACGAGGAUCAGCUGUGGACAAAGGGCAGCCGCGAGAUACAGCAGCACCAGGUCAAGAGGGCGAAGCGCUUCCUCGACAUCCUCUGGGCCAACACCCCCGAGAAGGUUGUCGUCAUUGUUACCCACAGCGGUUUUGCCCGCUCCCUGCUGCUGGCCGUCGAGAGGGAGCCCUACCGCCCCGCCAACGCGGAGCUCGUCCCCGUCAUCGUCGACCGCAACAUCGGCCGCGAUGACGUCACGAGCCACGACGAUGACGUCAUCGCCGCGAGCCGGCGGUGA